AUGUCUAGAGUUGAAAUCAUCUCUAUCUCCACUGCCUUGAUGGCAUCGGGCGGUAUCGCAACCCUCACAUUCUUCGACGUACCAGAGCUACAAUCUCAGCCUGCUUCUCGGUCUCUACCCUCUAUCGGAUGGCUGUUCAGUCGGGGAUCACACGUAUUCCCAUCAGCCUCACUUCUAUCAACCAUUGGCUUUAUAUACUCUGCAUCCUCUAGUAACUUCCCAGGCACCGGUCCUCUAUACGCUGUCUCAACCAACACUGUCAAAGCCAAUACAUUCUUAACCGCUGCGGCUCUAGCAUUUAACAUCGCGCCGUUUACUCAACUCAUGAUUCCUACGAACUUCACGCUCAUCAAGGAGAAUAAUAAACUUGGUGGGACGAGGAGUGAAAAAGCGUCUGAGUAUGACGCAUCCACGGGCCGGAGUGCUUGGGAGUCUGUUAAAGGAACGGAUGAAGGAUUCGAGUUCGCGGACUUAAGCGGUCCUCAGGAACAAACGGAGAGGGAGUCCACGGUAGAGGAAGAUGAAAAGGUCCGUGAGUUGCUGGAGAGGUUCCGGUGGUUGAACCUCGUGAGGGCCGUGCUUAUUGGCGCUGGAGGAGUUGUUGGUCUCUAUGCUGCGACCAGCUAA